ACUACCGAAGAGCUACAUCCGCCACUAACUACGGGUCCUUCAAUAUUACUAAUCAUUUGCUUUCAACAACUUCAUUUAUUCUUUCCCUUCAUAUCAAGAAUUGUAAAAAAGAAGAAGAGGAUACUAGAAUGAUGUUAACCAUGGACAUUCUAAAGGAAAAAAAAAAAAACAAGUGAAUAUUGAGAGUUCUGAGCUCCAUAUCUCUCUUUUUUACUAUGUAUUAAAAUGUUUCUCCAAAAAUUAAGUACAGUAAUUUUUUGUUGUUUGAAGGAAACCUUGAACCAACAAUAAAAUUGUCUCCCGUAUGACUUAUAGAACAUUGGUUCGAACCGUAAAAGCUGCCACUAUGCGAUCUUUCUCCGGGCCCUGCGUGAACGCGGAAUGCCUUAUGGAUCGGGCUGCCUUUAAAUUAAUAUUUUGCUGUUUAAUUGCCAGAAGAAAUUUUUCUCACAAGAUGGUAAAUGACUUUUUGGAAGGAAAAUAUUUUUUUCCGCAAUUAUCUCAACUCUUAACUUCAGAUUAUCACCGAUUACAACCCAGUAUAAUCCCACUUAAUGGGGUCUGGGAAGGGUAGUGUGUACGCAGACCUUACCCCUACCCUGGGGUAGAGAGGUUGUUUCCAAAUAGACCCCGGAUUAUCACUGAUUAAUCAACCUUAAAUAAUUAUUAUCAAACUGCUCAUAAGUGUCAUAAAAACAUUAUCCAAUUUGCUAAACAUUAUUAACAAUCUCUAAUACAUGUUUUUCCUCCAGAAAUAUUUCCCAUUCCCCAAAUACCGGGAAAUGUUCUAUUCAAACACAUUUGGAUCCUUUGCUCCUUGGUUAAAAAAAGCUAAAGUGCAGAUAAAAUGGAUGCUCCUUAACCCUUUACGCAGAAAAAGGGUUAAAAAAAAGUGCAGCCAAAGUGUUGAAACUCGACAUUUACGAUACUUCAAAGUACAGGAAAAUGUAGAGAAAGAAACUAAAAGGAGAAUAACAUAAUAUUUGAGCAAAGAAUAUACCAAAUAAAAUGCAUAUCUUUAUGUCCAACAUCCAGUUUUGGCCCUGCCACAUUAUGGAUUUACAAACAAGAAGAAGAAGAAGAAGUGACUUCUCGAACACCAGCAGUGCAAGAUUACACCACUGUAAUCACACAGACAACAACAACAACAACAACAACAACAACAUAGGCCAGUGUGAUCCCACAAGUGGGGUCUGGAGAGGGUGGGUUGUACACAGUCCUUACCCUUACCUUGUGUGAGGUAUAGAAGUUGUUUCUGGUAGACCCUCGACUCAUACUACUAUAAUCAUAAAGGAGAAUAUUUAUCAAACGAGUAUAGUAAUUAGAUCAUUGUGAGGUUAAACCAGUAUAUAGUAACAAGCUAUUAUUCCAAAAAAAUAGCCGGAUCUGUAAUAAGAUGAAAAAGCAAGAAAGGCUUAUGAUUCAAGCAGGACAAAGAAUUUCUACUGGAGUAGCAAUUCUAGUGUACUAUAAAGUCAAAAGCGAAAGAGAGACGCUUGGUGAUAGCAGCAAGAAGGGAACAAAUGACUAGAGGUCUUGCUUCAAAGAGAUAGGAGACUACCCUUGUGUUUUGCAUGACAAAAGUGUAAAGAAAAUGAACAUCGGACCUAACUCAUCCCCAACAAGUAGAUCAUGAUGCGAAGAUUGUCGGAGACAACAACUCGUAUCUUCAACCAACAUAGAAUACUUAACAAUGUUGAAGAUAAAAUUAAGUAAAUAGAAAGUAUAGAAUCACGAUUGUCGGAGACAACUUCUCAUAUAGGUAGAGAAGUCACCAACACCCGUAAAGUUCGGCAAAUAUUAUAUGUAGUAUAUGUUUUUAGAAAAUAAUGAUAUAUUAAUAGUGGGCACCCUAAAUACAAAGCGGAUUUUGAUUGAAUCAAAAAGUACACCCACGACCUUCAAAUCCUGAGUCCGCCUCAGGCUAUUAGUAACUAUUCUUUAGGUGAUACGAUAGAAUAAAAGUUAUUUUACACCACCAUGAGUGUAGAAACAUUAGAUUCUUUAAUAUUUUGGGUAUUAGAAAGCCAUUACACAUGCACCAGUAUAGAGGCUUGUGAACAAAUAUUUCUCAAGAAUAUGCCCCUCCUAGCAGUAUAAAUUAAAGCCAUUGGUGACUGGUAAGUGGCAUCAAACAUAAUCUGCAGUUAUAACAAGUAGUGAGAAUGGAUCCUUCAGGUGGGUUGAGCAAUAGAGGAAAACAAGAAAUUCAACCACAGACUUCAGUACUAGGAAUCGGACAACCUUCCGAUGAGUUGGGAGAAGAGGAGAAAAAAAGAACUAAAGAUCACCUAUUUCAAGCCUGCAUGGAGAAUAGGUGGACAGAGGUUAAUCGACUGUACAUCAACGACAAGUUUGCCCAAGAAUCCAAGCUCACUAAAUCUGAGGAUACUGUUCUUCACUUAGCUAUCUCUUCUUACCAUCCACAUCGAGAUGACUCUUUACAGCAAACUCAUCUUGAUUGUAUUAAGGAUAUGGUGGCUAAAAUACCACAGGAAAAUCGAUUGUGUAUCUUAAAACAGAAGAAUGAAAAAGGGAACACACCUCUUCACCUUGCAGCAGAACUCGGAAGUGUCCCCAUUAUUGCGUGUUUGGUAAACCCACAAGAACCUGAACUCAUCUGGGAGACCAAUUCAAAAGGGGAAACCCCUCUAUUCGUAGCUGCUUAUCGCGGCAGGCUAGAUGCUUUUCUCUACCUACAUGAGUGUUGCCAAAAUGAAAAGAGCAGAAAAGAUCCAAUUGUACUUUGCAGGAGGGGUGAUGGGGAUAACAUUCUACACGCAGCCAUCUCUGGCGAGUACUUUAAGUUGGCUUUUCAGAUAAUAAAUCACUAUGGGCUACUUGUCAACCGUUUAAACUCAGAGGGCAUGUCUCCCCUACACUUCCUAUCUAGGAUGCCUCAAGUAUUCAAAAGUGGAAGCCAUUUUCGGUACAUAGAUAGCAUUAUCUACUACUGCAUAACUGUCGAAGAGCUAAAGAUAGAGAAAUAUAAAACUGAAGGCAUAGAAGACACAUAUCGUAGACUCCCAGAUAACUGGAAGCUCCCAGAUAACUACCAAACACUGGUGGAGUUCUUGGAACUACUUUGGAAUGGGACCGCAAAUUUUCUUGAUUACAUUAAGGAAAUAUGUAGCGGGAAGCAAGCAAACAAGUCUAAAGCUCUUACUGAAGAAACUAAUGUGAAGCGAGAUAAGAAGUCUCCAGGCAAUCAAGAUGAUCCUGAGAAUCCCCCAAUUCCAGGAUCUACUGGAGUAACUAAUGUGAAUCGAGACAAGAAGUCUCCAGGCAAUCAAGAUGAUUCCAAGAAUCCCCCAAUCCCAGCAACUACUGGAGUAACCAAUGUGAAUCAAGACAAGAAGUCUCCAGGCAAUCAAGAUGAUCCCGAGAAUCCCCCAACCCCAGCAACUACUGGAGUAACCAAUGUGAAUCAAGACAAGAAGUCUCGAGGUAUGUGAUAACCUUUCAGGUUAUGUUGACUUAAGCAGGUGUUUGUCAAACAAAUUGAGGAGCCGGAGUAAAUCCACCAAGAAUUAAAAUGAACAUCUACUGGACGAAUAAAAAAUCUAUUAUUAAAUGGAUUAGUAGAUUAGUAGCACACUAAUUAAAACAGGAAGAGUGUAUGUAUGUGUGUGUUACUUCUUGAGCCUCUUCAUAUGGUUACACCAAUAAUUCUUUACAUGCCAUUUUUCAAAACAUAUUCCCUUCAACUUUUCUUUUGGGAAAGGCUUUUCGUUGCUUAUUCUGUUUUAGAGUAUUCUUUAUUGAAAUCAAAGCAUUGAGCUAACUUAUUUCCAAUUUAUGUGAACAUUUUCUAGGUGAAGAGCAAUGAUANA